AUGGGAGCUUGGGCCACUCCCCCGCCUAAUCCACAGGCCUCCAGAGAGGAAAGCCCCCCCACCAGCACAGGCCAAGCUCGUGAUCAGGACGCAGCCGCUGGACGACCUUCCGUCAUCAAGUCCGCCAGCUGGAAGCGUGCCCCUAGACGCCGGCAUUCCGCACGACUCGAUACCAGGCGGAAGGCUUGUCAUUGCGAUUCAAUUCCAUUGCACUCCAAACUGAUCGAAGCAACCACCCGUGUUCGCAGGGCGAUCAUUGCCAACGACGCAUCGCUCGUCAAACGAAUUCUCAACUCGAACCCCCAAGCCCUCCACAGCCCCGAUGCCUCCCCUGAAGGCCUCUCCAACUCGAACCUUCACCUCGCCGCCUUCCUCGGCCAUGUCGAAGUCUGCCGCGUACUCGUCGACCUCGGUCACGAAGACCCCGACCCUGCGCUGAACGAGAAACACCAGACAGCUCUUAUGCUCGCAGCCGGCGCCGGCCGCACCGAGGUCGUCCACCUGCUCUGUGAGCGGUUCCCCAAAGUCAUACACAGGCGGGAUGCGCACAGACGAGAUGCGAUCAUGGAAGCCAGCCGCGGCGGCCACGAUACUGUGCUGCAGAUUCUUCUGACGUAUGCGCCUAACGGCCCGGAAGAGGCCGUGCAGACUGCUGAUCUCGAUGGCAACACUGCUCUGCACUUUGCGAGCGGCAACGGUAAUCUGCUGGUCCUCAGGACACUCCUCGCUGCCGGCGCUGAUGCCGAGAGGAGGAACAAAUGGAGCUGGACGGCUCUCUCCUACAGUGCCACUGUGCAGGCAGAGGUUUACCUGAAAGGCCUCGUGACGGAGAUUGAGCGUAGAAAGGUCGUCCGCCGUGAAACAGAGGGCCAGAAGAAGGGCGGUGCUGUGAGGAUUGUGGAGGAUCCUGAUGACGGCUGA